GUCCUUUCAGCACCAUGGUGAGCCGCAGAUACUCCGGCUAUCUGGCUGAUGAUGAGAGUCUCAGGGGACCUCAGAUGAGGAACCUAAACACCUGCCAAAGAAGAGGCACGUGUGACUGGCACAACCUGUGUAGACCGCCUUCCCGCUGUCAAUUCAAGAAUCCAGACAUGGGAGCCUCUACUUCCGCUUCUGGCGCUUUCACCUGUGCGAAACCGGGCAAGCGGAAGCGCCACAAAAGCAGCAACGCCGGAGAAAGCAGUCACCUGGCCGCUGAAUUUUCAGAGUUUGUGGAUUUCUUAGCGGAUGAGGAAGUCCUGGACAGCCUCCAAAGCAUCAUGGAGGAUGCAGUCCGAAAGCUCCGAAAUGUGACGACGCAGGACGGGGAGCAACUCUUUGACAUCCAAGAAGAUUCUUGCUCGAGCCUGGACAGCGAAUCCUGGUCGUUUUCCUACAGCUCGACGUGCUCCCAGUCGAAGUAUCACACCAGCACCAUGUCCAGCUCUGAGGACGACUGGGAAAGACGGGUCAAGAGCCGAAGGCAGUUGAAACCGGAGGGCAGAGUGUGCCUCUUGGAUAAGUAUAAGGCCAGACUUCCCAAGCUAGAGAAGACGACCAGGGCGGGUGUCUCUGGAGGAUUCCACACAGAGACAUUUUCAGAACGAUCAGGAGACAAUUACUUUUUCCAACAAGAACACUUCCAUGUUUGGGCCAAAUUGGCAGAGUCCUUUGAACAGCUACAGCCGCCCAAAAAAGAUUACUUUGCCAAAUUUAAGAAACCAUUACCGGAACAGUCAUUUUCUGUAGAAUCCCUCCACAAGGAAAUUACCAACGUUUUGAAACGCCCAACACUGAGCAGUAUUCCCCUGUAUUAUCCAGGGAACCAGCCUUUCCAAGCUCUGGAUUUCUUGGAAGAAAACAAAAUCCUUGCAGCUCUUCAGGAUAUUAUAAACCAAGCUGUUUGCCAAGUUCUGGAGGCAACGAUGACAGGUGGGAUCCCUUUCCUGAACCUUUAUGAUGAGGACGGCCGUACUUUGAUGCCAUGGGAUUCUUCCAUGGCUGAGAGCGAAGAAGAAGAAGAAGAAGAAGAAAAAGAAAAAGAAGAAGAAGAAAGUAAAGGAGAAGAAGGGAUGAGAGCUGGCUCAGAAGGCUCUGGGAGUGGGGAAGAAACUUCAGAGGAUGACUCCAAAUCAGAAGGAAGCAAGACAGCUGAUGGGAAGAAGAAGAAAAAGAAGAAGAAGCAAAAGGGAAAAAAGAAAAAAAAGGAGAAGGCAGAAUCUCCCAUGGGGGAAGAGAAGGUCAAAAUGAAAUACACACCACCACCGCUUCCCAAAAGCAAGAGGAAGUCGCUUGGGCCUGAGGAACCUCAACGCAAGCCAAAAUAUGUGGCACCUCCACUUCCUAAAACAAAGGCUAGGCCUCCCGCCGAGGAGGUACCAACCAAACCCAAAUAUGUUCCACCCCCACUUCCGAAACCGAAACCAAAGAAACAAGACUCGCUCCAGACGGAAUCGGAGUCAUCCAAACUGGCUAUCCGUGCAAGGCAUGUUAUUACUCCCAAAGACAUCAAGCGGGCACGAAUUCAUGGCCGGCCUCUCCCGAAGCAAACCAUCAUCGACUUUUUGAUCGAAAAUGCAGCCAAACUUAUCCUGUACAAGUACAACUACGAAACCCUUCUCUCCGAGAAGCUGGGCUUCAUAUCGGUUCCGGUGACAAAGGUGCUCUUGGAAAUCAUGUUCGGCUACAAGAGAAUCAAAGGCAGUGGGAUACGGCUGUCCUCUCAGAUUGACUGGGCAAAAGUCUCCGAAGAGGUCUAUGCGGUGCGUCCGCGUAAGCCCAAGACUCCGAAGCAGAAAGCUGGGGACAAAAAGAAAGCUGGUGAGAAGAAGAAGAAAGUCGGGGACAAGCAGAAGAAAUCAGGAGAGAAAAAGAGUGUUUUUUUCAAACCUGAAAUGCCCCACGGCAAAGUGGUGGUAACAAGGACACCCAUUGUUCAAGGUGUUGAGCCCAGAAAAAAAGAAAGUGCAAAGUCCAUGAAAGGACGAGAGGAUCCCCAAGUUCCAGAGAUUUUCGAGAUAGUUCCGCCACAGUUUCCCAGAGAGUCUGAAAUGGAUGACAUGUUUCCGGAUGAGGAGGGUGAGGGCCCUACGGAGUCCGUAAGUGAUGCCCUCAAUAGCGCUGAGAGAUAUGUUACUUCCGACGGCAGCUCAAGGAAAGUCUCUGGAAUCACCCUCGAUUCUGAAGAUCAGUCGCCUGCUCUGUCCCCCAAGGCAUCAUUAUUGUCUCCAAAAGUGAGCCAAGUCCAAGACAGCGACAGAGGCUCUAGGACUGUUUUGCCCGAAGUAGAAUCAAUGGAUUCUGAAGACCUCUCGAAGAAAGGGACAGCGUCGCGCAAGUCAAGCGUCUCUGGGGAAGGUAGCAAGACUGUUCUGCCUAAAAUCUAACUAAACAAAAAUCUCAAACUGAGAUAAUCUAAACUAAAUUCUCAAACU